AUGCCAGACUCGCCAGCGCCAGCAACACAGCAGCCGACACAGCCUGAAGGACCCGUGCGGCCUGCCCCUGCCGCCGUCGCCGCUCGCGCAAGAGCCGAGGCGCUCCACCAGCAACCCGCCCGCGUCCCGUUCUUUGCCAGCGCUGCGCAGCCAGAGAUUGUCCGGGCGAACCAGAAGGACCUGUACUAUCUCUCGCAACUGUCAGAGCGGAUUGAGGAUGUCGCGCGGUCUUUCUUGGGUACCCGGUGGUUGCAGACGUGGAGCAAGGAGUUGCAGCAUGGGAGUCGGCUCGCAUACUUUGGCUUGACGACGCUGCUGGGCUCGCAAACGCUCGGCGAAGAGUAUUGCGACAUCAUGCAGUACCAGAACAAGGACCGAAGACCGCCGACUCUCCCGCGGAGAGCAGCCCUCGUCGCCCUUCACGUCCUCUUCCCCUACAUCCUCGGCCGAACAUACGCCAACCUCCGCCGUUCCCUCGUCCACCGUCACGAAGCGACACAAACCUCUCAGGCGGAGAUCGACUCGCUCUUCCCCUCCUCACCUCCUCCUCCAGCGAAAAUGGGCGUCGUCGAGCGAUGGGUCGACUGGCUUGCGUCGAUCGCGAAGGACCUGCCUUCGUUCGAGACUUUGACGGAGGACUACCUGCGGAGCGUGCAUCUCGCCAUCUUCUACUUGCUCGGGCGCUACUACAGCCUGAGCAAGCGGGCGACCGGCAUUCGCUUCAUCUCGAUGCAAGGCCGACGAGCCAAGGCGCUUUCAGGCUCGCAAAACUCGCCUGCCCCCUCAUCCUAUGAAGUCCUCGGCGUUCUCAUGGGCGUCCAGCUCGUCGUGCGCGGCUUGCUCGCAAUCCGGCGACACCGCGCCGCCGCCGCUCUCGCCGACCCAAACGCGCUCGAGAAGGAGAAGGAGCAGGAGCGACAACGGCGGAAGAAGCGGUUUCUGAUUGAUGGGAGACCACUGGCGACUGUUGUGUUUGACCCAGACGACCCGGAGCAGGCGGCGCCUUACCCGGACGAGGAGGACAACGAGCGGCGGUGCACGCUGUGUCUGGUCUGCUGGGAGUGUGUGGUUGGCUGGGCGCGGGAGAAGGCCGAAUGCCCGCUUUGUCGACAAGGGAUCUCGCUGUCAAAGCUGCUUCCUCUGCGGAAUAUGUGA